AUGAACAGCACUUCUUCUUACACCUCGUCAACUGAUAGUGAAGAGAUAGAUAGUAGCACCAUUGAAAACUCUUCAAGCAGCCAGAGAAGCAUUAGCAAGAAUUCUGGCGCAGGUCAUAGCACAAGUUGGAGAAGCAUGUAUGGUUCUAGUGUUGUUUCUUCACCAGAUAAGUCCUCCAUAGAAAGUCCUUUGGAAAGAACUGGCAUCAUACGCAGGUUUUCUACUUCAAUGGUGCCUUCAAAGACAGCAAUGCUAAGCACUAAACUGGAUCGUACAUCUAGCAGGAAAAAUGUGCCAGUGCUGAAGGAUUUUACUGAAACUACGGAGAUGCCAAAUCUUACAAAAGUAAGGAGAGUUUCUUUCAAUGAUUCAGUAGAAACAGUUCCAUCAGCGAAGAUAGUUUUAACAAAAUCAGUUGAAGGAGUACCGGAUAACAAGGAAAUUGUUACUUUGGUCACUGGGCACAGAUCAAGAAUGAAGGCAGGCCUGCAGGUUCAAUCUGCAUUGGCUGGAGAGAAACAUGAAUUUCCAUCAUCUGAGAUCUCUCUGGCAAAGCCAGACCAAUCGAGUGAUUCAAAUAGGAGAUCUGUUGACGAGGAUGAUAUUGAUGCACGAAAAGUUAGCAGGAUUGUAAAUGCUCUUCCAGAGGGGGAACUGCAUUCAAGCAUUUCCAAUGCCGUUUCUAAUGAAAAUAAGAUGGAUACUCUCACAAAACCUCCUAUGUUUGCUGUUUUCUUUUUUAUAUUUGUAUUACUUCUCUAUAUCUUACAUCUUUCUGCCAGGAUAUACUAG